AUGACAUGGGAGCAGCGGUGGAUGGUGGCAGCAGUGGAUGCAGUGAUGGGGAGGUUGGUGCAUGCGGAGGAGGAGGAGGUGGCUCGACUGCUCGUGGCGCAGCAGAGACAACUGAAGGUGCGUGAAGCGGAGACCCGUUGCCUGCAGAUGAUAUGCAUAAUGAGCGCGAAUGCAGCAGUGACAAGAGCAGGAGAAGCAGCCUUGGAGGCUAGGCAAGCACAUUGCAACUUGGAAGAAGCACGGAGGCAGGCCGUGGUGGAUCUUGGAACAAGCCAAACUGCGCUCGAGGAAGCAAAAAUGCAUCUGGGGGAUCUCAAGACAGCACGGCAGCAGCAUGAGGAGUUUCUGGAGAAACGAAUCGUUCAGCAGAAGCUUGUGGUUGAGUGUGCACUGAAGCAAUUGCAGAAUGUAGCUAGAAGGAUUGCCAAGGAAGAAUCAGAAGUUGGUGCCAUUGGGGAAGAAGUGACCAAGUUGAAUAGCAGCUGGAUUCACCUUGCAGCUGAACAGCAAAAACUUCAUGAGCUUCUAAUGACUUUCUCAAAUACCGUACGUCCUUGA